AUGUAUACACAUCAACAAUCACCAUAUCAACAUUCAACAAUAUAUUCUCAACAACAACAACAACAAUCAAAAUCAUCAACAAAUAAUUCAUGUUCAUGUGGUUUUUCAGCUGUUGUGAAUUUACGUUUAGGUUAUUCAUCUGGUUUAUUUUAUGAAGAUGAAAUUGAAAUAACAGGAAUUAAAGCUGAUAUUAAAUAUCGUCAAUUAAAUGAUAAUUUAUCAAUUAAUUUAUUAGAAUUAAUUGAAAAAAAACAAUCAAUAUCAUCACCAUUUGAUUAUUUUAAUAAUCAAAAUUUACAAAAACAAAAUACUCAAGAUAUUCUACAAAAAAUUUUAAAAGAACCAUUUUAUCAAUAUGAAAAUUGGGCUUGUCGAUUAGCUCUUGAUCAAGCACGAAAUAAUGGUAAUGGUUUAAUAGCUGAUGAUAUUGAUAAACAUCAUUGGUUACAUCAAUGGUCAUAUUUAACAUCACCACUUGAUUCUGAUCAACAAUUAAUAACUAUGUUACGUUCAUUACAACCAUUAUUAGUUGAAGCAUUAAAAAAACGUAAUGUUAACGGAUUAUGGAGUACAAUGGAUGGUCCAUUAACAUGGAAAUCUUUUCAUCAAUUAUUAUAUGUACAAAAUCAACAUGCACAUCUUGAAGAAUAA